AUGGACGUGGACGUGGACGUGGACGUGGACAUGGACGUGGUCAUGGACGUGGACGUGGACGUGGACGUGGACAUGGACGUGGACGUGGACGUGGACGUGGACGUGGACGUGGACGUGGACAUGGACGUGGACGUGGACAUGGACGUGGACGUGGACGUGGACAUGGACGUGGACAUGGACGUGGACGUGGACGUGGACGUGGACGUGGACAUGGACGUGGACGUGGACGUGGACGUGGACUUGGACGUGGACUUGGACGUGGACUUGGACAUGGACGUGGACGUGGACAUGGACAUGGACAUGGACGUGGACGUGGACGUGGACGUGGACCUGGAAGUGGACGUGGACGUGGACGUGGUGGACGUGGACGUGGACGUGGACAUGGACGUGGACGUGGACAUGGACGUGCACGUGGACGUGGACCUGGAAGUGGACGUGGACGUGGACGUGGACAUGGACGUGGACAUGGACGUGGACAUGGUCAUGGACGUGGACGUGGACGUGGACGUGGACAUGGACGUGGACGUCGACAUGGACAUGGACGUGGACGUGGACGUGGACAUGGACGUGGACGUGGACAUGGACGUGGACGUGGACAUGGACGUGGACGUGAAGGACGUGGACAUGGACGUGGACGUGGACUUGGACGUGGACAUGGACGUGGACGUGGACGUGGACAUGGACGUGGACAUGGACGUGGAGGUGGAGGUGGACGUGGACGUGGACAUGGACGUGGACGUGGACUUGGACGUGGAAAUGGACGUGGACAUGGACGUGGACGUGGACGUGGACAUGGACGUGGACAGGGACGUGGACAUAGACGUGGAGGUGGACGUGGACGUGGACAUGGACGUGGACGUGGACGUGGACGUGGACGUGGACAUGGACGUGGACGUGGACGUGGACAUGGACGUGGACGUGGACGUGGACAUGGACGUGGAUGUGGACAUGGACAUGGACGUGGACGUGGAGGUGGACAUGGACGUGGACGUGGACGUGGACAUGGACGGGGACGUGGACGUGGACGUGGACAUGGACAUGGACGUGGACGUGGAGGUGGACAUGGACGUGGACGUGGAGGUGGACAUGGACGUGGACGUGGACGUGGACGUGGACGUGGACGUGGACGUGGACGUGAACGUGGACAUGGACGUGCACGUGGACAUGGACGUGGACAUGGACAUGGACGUGGAGUGGGACAUGGACGUGGACGUGGACGUGGACAUGGACGUGGACGUGGACAUGGACGUGGACGUGGACGUGGACGUGGACAUGGACGUGGACAUGGACGUGGACGUGGACGUGGACAUGGACGUGGACGUGGACGUAAACGUGGACAUGGACGUGGACGUGGACAUGGACGUGGACUGGGACGUGGACAUGGACGUGGACGUGCACGGUGGACAUGGACAUGGACAUGCGGACGUGGACGUGGACCAUGGACGUGGACGGUGGACGUGGACGUGGACAUGGACGUGGAACGUGGACGUGGACGUGGACGUGCACGUGGACGUGGACGUGGACCUGGAAGUGGACGUGGACGUGGACGUCGACAUGGACGUGGACAUUGACGUGGACGUGGACAUGGACGUGGACGUGGACGUGGACUUGGACGUGGACGUGGACGUGGACGUGGACAUGGACGUGGGACGUGGACUGGACGUGGACGUGGACGUGGACGUGGACGUGGACAUGGACGUGGACGUGGACGUGGACAUGGACGUGGACGUGGACGUGGACAUGGACGUGGAUGUGGACAUAGACGUGGACGUGGACGUGGACGUGGACUUGGACGUAGACAUGGACGUGGACAUGGACGUGGACGUGGACGUGGACGUGGACAUGGACGUGGACAUGGACGUGGAGGGGAG